CGCUUAUCAAAUACUCGAAGUGACCUUGGGCUAUCUGCACAUUGUGAACUAAAUGACACUGGAUAUAGAAAAUAUUCAUCAUGGCCCCAAUAUAAUUGCACGCCGCGGAGCGUUGCGACAGAAAAAUGUUACAGAAGUCAAAGGUCAUAAAUUUGUUGCUAAGUUCUUCAAACAAUUCACGUUUUGUGGACAUUGCAAGGAUUUUAUAUGGGGUCUUGGUAAACAAGGUGUUCAGUGUCAAAUAUGUUGCUUUGCUGCUCAUAAAAGGUGUCACCAGUUUGUAGCAUUUAAAUGUCCUGGAGCUGAUCUAGGACCCGAAUGUGAUGCGAAAAAGUGUCAUAAAUUUAGAACUCACACCUACUCCAGCCCCACUUUUUGUGAUCAUUGUGGUUCUCUGCUCUAUGGACUUGUUCAACAGGGUCUGAAAUGCCAAAAUUGUGAUAUGAAUGUCCACAAAAGAUGUGAGACAAAUGUUCCACGUCUUUGUGGGGUUGAUCACACCGAACGGCGAGGGCGUAUAUACCUCAAAAUCAGCUGGCAAGAAUCUAAAUUUCUUGUUGAAGUUAAAGAGGGGAAAAAUCUCAUUCCCAUGGAUCCUAAUGGUCUUGCAGAUCCUUAUGUCAAGAUCAAAUUUGGACCUAACGAUGAUCUUGGACGUAAAUUUAAAACUAAAACAGUAAAGUCUAAUCUCAAUCCUAUUUGGGAUGAAAAAUUUACUAUUGAUCUGCGCCCAGAUGAUGAAUCAAAGCGCCUUCAUUUUGAAGUUUGGGAUUGGGAUCGUACAUCACGUGACGAUUUCAUGGGUGCUCUAUCAUUUGGAGUUACUGAAUUAAUUAAAAAGCCUGUUGACUGUUGGUUUAAACUUUUAAGUCAAGAAGAAGGUGAAUACUAUUCGAUUCCUUGUUCAACUGAAAAUAACACUCCAUCGUAUGCAGAAUUAGCCUCUGAAUAUGAAACCCCAUUCAAAUCGAAUAUUUAUGAAGAAGAUGAAAACAUGCAAAAUGGUCCAACUAAAUUACGCGAUGUGGUCAGAGCAACAGACUUCAAAUUUAUUAAAGUUUUGGGUAAAGGAAGCUUUGGCAAGGUCAUGCUAGCUGAACGCAAAGAUACUGAUGAGCUUUAUGCUGUGAAAAUAUUGAAAAAGGAUGUUGUUCUACAGGAUGAUGAUGUUGAGUGCGCAAUGAUUGAACGUCGAGUAUUGGCCCUACAACGUAAACCAGCAUUUCUUGUUCACUUACAUUCGACAUUUCAAACUAUGGAUCGAUUGUACUUUGUAAUGGAAUUUGUGAAUGGUGGUGAUUUAAUGUUCAGAAUACAAAAGGAAGGCAAAUUUAAAGAACCUGUUGCUGUAUUUUAUGCUGCUGAAGUGGCUGUUGGUUUAUUCUUCCUACAUGAUAAAGGAAUUAUAUACCGGGAUUUGAAAUUGGAUAAUUUAUUACUCGACUCAGAAGGACACAUAAAAAUCGCUGAUUUUGGAAUGUGUAAAGAUGGCAUUGUUGGUGAUGUAACAACUCAAACAUUUUGUGGUACACCAGAUUAUAUAGCACCAGAAAUACUUUUAUAUAAACCCUAUGGGAAAUCAGUGGAUUGGUGGUCUUAUGGUGUACUGUUGUAUGAAAUGUUAGCCGGUCAGCCACCAUUUGAAGGUGAAGAUGAAGAGGAUUUAUUCGCCAACAUCCUACAGCAUAACAUUUCAUAUCCGAAGAGUUUAUCGAAAGAGUCUGUCUCUAUUUGUAAAGCUCUUCUUACGAGAGAUCCAUGCAAACGACUUGGUUGUGGUCCAGAUGGCGAACGGGAGAUAAAAGAACAUUUAUUCUUCCGACGUUUAGACUGGGACAAAAUUGCUUUGCGUUUAGUUCAACCUCCCUACAAACCAAUAACCUGUUCACCACGCGAUACAAGUAAUUUCGAUAGUGAAUUCACAAAAGUUACACCGGAAUUAACACCAACGGAUAAACUAUUUGUAAUGAAUUUAACUCAAACUGAAUUUAGCGGAUUUUCUUUUGUUAAUCCAGAGUUUGUUGUUGAAGUGUAGGUCUGCUCAAAUUAACACUGUGCAAUUUAUUGUUUAUCUGUGUUUGUCUACAUUCUUUUUUUCUUUUGGUUUACUAUUCAUUCUCUCUGAAUGUAGUUUCCUUUUCUUUUUCUUUAUGUUGUAUAAAGUAUCUCUGAUAAUUAUGACCGUGAUAGUGAUAUUACUAAUAUUUAUUAUUAUUAUUAUUAUAUAAUUUAGUUAACGAUUUGAAUAAUAUGAAGUGAGACGUCUGGCUCAUAUAAUAUACAUAUACAUAUACAUAAUUGUAAUUUAUUACACGGCAUACUAAUUUCUUCUCAUCUGGCGUUUUUGCUAACAAUAGUGAUGUAGUAGGCAGCCACAUUCAUUGCAUUUAGUCUCCAACAGAAAUAAGAAUAAAAUAAAUUUAAUUGUUUCUGCUGCAGAUCAUUUUUGCAAGAAUUAUUUAAUCCUUUAGAUUUGUUAAUGUCUAUUUUGUUCCCAGUUUUGUGUUGUACAUCUGUACCCCUUACCCCCAUGUGAUAUCAUAUAUAUAUAUAUAUAUAUAUAU